AUGACUUCUUGGGCCAGUGAUCAGCCUUCUAUAGCAGUAAGUGAACAAAAAAAUAGUUCCAGUAAUGACUCUAGUUCAGAUGAGUCUAAAUCUGAAACAAAUUUAAGCAGCAGCACCUCCGAUGAACUGGAUGACAAUUUAUUUAAUAACAAUAAUGGUGCUAGUGACAAUGAAAGUGCAAUAAGUGAUAAUUCAAAUCCUUUUAAUGAUUAUCCUCUAAAUGAAAUAGAUGACAGUGACAAUGACCAUACAAUAGGAGAGGAUAAUGAUGAUCCUCUAAAUGAAAUAAUGUUCGACAGUGCAAAUUUAAGUAAAAAGGAUGUACUUACCAUGGUUUAUGGUUUAUCUUUGCGGCACAAGUUAACAAAUGAAGCUCGGAGUGAUAUUCUGGAAUUAAUUCGAAUGUGCGCCAACUUGGAUACCCAUUCAUUUAGUACUACAAGUUACAGUUUUUCCAAAAUAUUUAAUCCUCCAGAUAACGAAAUCAAAUACCAAUUUUAUUGCAACCAAUGCUAUCAUGGAUUAACAGAUUCAAUGACUAAAAAAUUAAGAAAAAAGGUGGUGAAAAUGGUAUAA